AUGCCUUCACACCUCCGUCUCCAGGCACAUUUCGAACCUUUCUCAGCAGAGACUACUCGCACCUAUUUGCCGGCAGCCUCACCACAGCCACCCCAGAAGAAGCAGAAGAUGAGCCUCACACAAACUUACUACAUCGCCGCCUCGGCCAGGUCAAAGCUGGGCAAGGAAGCCUCCCGGCCUGACCACAACCUCAGACUCCUCGUCGGCCACGCAAAUCUCCUCGACUCGCUCAUGCUUGAUCUCCAGGAGGCCGAGCGGGAGCAGGAUGCUUGGUUCAACGAGACAGUGAAGAACGCUUCCAGGAGAACGGAGUCAGCACACAUCGAGUGGGCAGACACCAUCGUGGAGGAGCCAAGGGAGGAGUGGGAUGGAGAGUCAGACACCUCAGACAGCGAUUCGGAUUCAGACAUCGACGAGGGGGAUUUUGAGAUGAUCAGCCCUCCCAGAAGGAUACCGUCACCACGACCAGCCACCAUUCACGACGAUGAGGACAUGUACGAGGACGAGGAGUACGACGAGGAGCACGCACUCACCCGCGUCUCUUCCUCCGCUUCACCACCAGAGCUCGUGCACGACGAAGACUCAGACGACGAGUCACCGCCAACAUCACCGCCUCAGAUCACCAUCGAAUACACGGAGAAGCAGAGGAAAGCCAUUGUCACAACUGGCUUCUUCGACGAGAAGCACGCACCGCUCUCGGCAUCGGCGCAGUCAGCCUUUGACCAAGAAGGCUUCUUCAUACCGGAAAGGAAUGCACCACUCAUCGCGGCAGCAUGA